AUGGUGAAAAAAUGUGACAAAUGCCAGAGAUUUGCAACCUUGAUCCACUGCCCCGCCAACAGUCUGUCGGCCAUCAGUAGUCCGCUCCUCUUUGCCAAACGGGGGAUGGAUAUUUUAGGACCGUACACGCCAGCAUCUGGUCAAAGGCGUUAUGUGUUUAUGGCAGUAGACUACUUCACAAAGUGGGUGGAGGCCGAGGCUGUAAGGGGCAUCAAGUGGACGGAUGUUUCAGCCUUCAUAUGGAAGAGUAUCAUUACACGUUUUGGCGUUCCUCAGUCUAUGGUGUCCGACAAUGGACCCCAAUUUGAAACACCUCAACUCAAGGAAUGGUUGGAAGGUCGGGGCAUAGCUCAUUGCUUUGCUUCGGUCGGCCGACCACAAGCCAACGGCCAAGUAGAAGCAUACAACAAGUUGAUCUCCAAUGGUAUCAAGCGCAAGCUUGAAAAGGCAGGCGGCCUAUGGGCUGAUGAGUUGGUCAAUGUAUUAUGGUCCAUACGAACAAUGGCCAAGAGCUCCACAGGGGAAACUCCAUUCUUUUUGGUGUAUGGUGCUGAGGCCGUCCUCCCAAUUGAGAUGUAUGAGCCCACUCUUAGAGUGAUGCUAUAUGAUGAAGUGGCUAAUUGGGAAGUCAUGAAGACCGCCUUAGACUUCCUCCCUGAAGCUAGGGGCAAUGCGGCGCUAAGACACAAAAUUUAUCGCCUAAGGAUGACAAGGGCAUACAAUCGCCGAGUGUCAAAGCGGCCGCUAAAAUUGGGAGAUUUGGUCCUAAGGAAAAUGGAGGCUGUGGGCCGAGCAAAUGAAGAUGGAAAGUUGACCCCAAACUGGGAAGGGUCGUAUCGAAUCAGGGAAGAAGUUCGAGAUGAAACUUACCGUCUCGAAGCCAUGAACGACCGACCUAUUCCGCGGACAUGGAACACUGAUAAUUUGAAGAAAUAUAAUGUUUAA